AUGAAGGUCCCUCUCAGUUUCCUGGUGGCGUCGCUGCUGGCGAUAUGUGCCGUGGAGAAUGUAUUGGCGGUUUCUGCCAUCCCAGAGUGCAUCAAGCCGCCGCAGGAGGUCGUAGUCCCCGUCGACGGAACGGUCCUGCUCCAGUCGCCCGCCUUCCCCGAGGCCUACCCGUCGCGCUCCAACUGCGGCUGGAAUGUGCGGAGUGAGGAGCCGGGCCAGCAGGUGAGGAUCGAGUGCCCUUCCUUCAAGCUGACCAACAGGAACAGGAACGGACGCUGCCUCGACUUCCUGCGCGUCAACGAAAAAAGGUUCUGCGGCGAGAGAGGCCCUGAUGUCGUAGCCUCUUUACUCGACGUCGACUUCCGGUCCGACCGCCGCCGCAACAGCAGAGGCUUCAACUGUUCGGUCACGACGGCUCAGGCCCCCAGCAGAAGCGAAACCCCCAGAUGUUCUCAACCGCCCCAGAGCCUCCCAGUCGCUCCUGGUGAUGUUGUGUUCUUCACUUCGCCAAACUAUCCUAAUAACUAUCCCAAUAGAAGGUGUGGAUGGCGGUUUACGCCUGCAGCAAGCAACAUGCGGCUUACUCUUGCUUGCAAUGACUUCAGAAUGCAGAAUCGCGUCAGGAAGAACAGAUGUCAAGACUUCCUCAGCGUGAAAGCCAAGGGGAAAUUCUGUGGCAGAGAGUCUCCGGAAGUCACAGUGACAAAUAAAGAUCUCGUGCUUGAGUUUAAGGCCAACAAGAGGAACAAUCUGUCUGGCUUCAACUGCAGCGUCUCAGGGUAUCAGGCUCCCUCGUCCACACCGGCGCCUGUCAUUUCUACUUCAAAGCCGAUAACAAGCGACCCUGAGUGUGGGGUGAAGUACGAAGCCACAGAGAAAUCGGGAGCAGGAGAGAUGAAGAUCGUCGGCGGCGUCACCACGGGAGAGAACGAGUACCCUUGGCAAGCUGGCCUCGUGUUCGCCGGUUCCUCUUCGGUGUUCUGCGGCGGUUCAAUCCUCAAGAGUACCUGGGUGCUCACGGCGGCGCACUGUGCUGAAAAUAUAGCAGGGCGUGAGAAUAACUACGAAGUACUCAUAGGAGCUCAUAACCUGAGGGUGUCCGCCAAUUCCGAAACACGACACGCCAUCAAGAGAACGAUCAUCCAUCCGGACUACGAAGAUGAAACUGUCGACAACGACAUCGCCCUCCUGGAGGUGGAGCCCAUCGAGUUCGACAGGAGGGUGAUGCCCGUGUGCCUGCCUGCCCGGGCGGACGAUUACGACGGCGUCUUGGCCACAGUGACCGGGUGGGGGACGCUCAGCGCUGGCGGCGAGCCCUCUGACUGGCUGAUGGAGGUGACGCUGCCGACCAUGAGCAACGGCGAGUGCAAGGCGACCUACUCUGACCUUAUCACUAAGAACAUGCUCUGCGCGGGGCUGGAGGUCGGCGGCAAGGAUUCCUGUCAGGGCGACUCCGGCGGCCCGAUGGUGACAGUGCGCGCCGACAACCGCGCGCAGUUCGAGCAGAUCGGCAUCGUGUCCUGGGGCGCAGGCUGCGCAGAGCCGGGGAAGCCAGGAGUCUACACGCGCAUCACGGAAUACUUGAGCUGGAUUGAGAGCACCAUGGCCUCGAAGUAA